AGUGGACCCAGUAGAUAUCCAUAUAUAUAUUAUAUAAUAUGUUCCACUAGGUUCCCCCCCUCCGUUGCAGCGGCUUCUGCUGCUACUGCGGCUGCUGCCGCCACCACCCUUCUUCUGCCGCCACGUGAAGGGCGUGACAGGCAGGGGGUGAGAAACCCCUCCCGCUAUUUGAAUAAUCGCGUGGAGAAACUCACGGUGCCCUUGGGCGUUGAACAGGGAAUUGCCAUGGAGUUAGCCGUUUCCUUAGGAGUGGUGCUGAACAACGAUGCCUUAGAUGAGCUUGCGUCCAUUCCGAGAAAGGAGUCGCACGCCAUCAUCCGGGAACUGGCCAAGGGCAGCCAUGGAUCUGAUCCCAUGAGCUACGUCAUGGAAGAAGUGUACAAAUGUCGAGAGUAUUUUAAAUCUUUGACGAAUGAUGAGAAUGAUGAUUUUGAAGUGCAAGAUUAACAUUGAUUCAAAA